AUGAAGAAUAUAGCAAAGCCUCCUUUAUCCAAAGACGUAGAUGACUUCUUUCUGCGGAGGAAACAGGAGGCCAUACAGAAUGAAUUGCUGGAGUUUACCAAGAAUCAGAGCUCCUGUGAUGUGAGAAUGCGAUGGGAAAGGAACACACAGCGCCGGAUGGUGUCGGCCACUAUUAGUAGACAUCUGCAGGAAGCAAGAGAGCAGUACCAGAUGGACAUUGAUGAAAGGAGGGAAAGGCUUCGUGAGCUGCUGUCAGAGGAGAGGGAGCUCUUCAGGGAGAUGGAGGCAAAAAAGGAGACAGUGUUGGAGAGGCAAGCUAAGAUGCUUGAAAGAGCCAAGACUCUGCGAGAUAGAAGAGAGAGUGAGAGACAGAGACUUGUCGCUGAGAAACUCGAUCAGCUCUUCAGAGAGCAAAGUGAGGAGCUGCGUGCCGUGCAGAUGAGGCGCAGACAGGAUGAGGUCUGCACUGAGCGUGCUGCUCAGAUCCGUACUAAGGAAGAAGUGCAAUGGAUGCAACAAGAGGAAGACAGACUGUUCGCCCAGAUGUGGGAGAGCGACAGGCUGGCUAAAGAGGAGCGUCAUAACCAAGAGGUUCAAUGGCAAAGAGAGAACAACCUCCAGCAGAAGGAAUUCCUGCAGGCACAGAUGGAAACGACUGAGCAGCAGACAAUACGGGCCAAGCAACUGAAGCAAGAGGAGGCCCAGUUACUGAGAGAGCACAGGGAGAUGCUUCGUGUGGAGGCAGAGAGAGAACACAGACAGAAGCUCCAAGACCAGGAGAAACGACUUAAACAGUUAAAUGAGAAUAUGCUGAAACAGGCUGAGCCUUUCAAAGAGAGAGAGGAGCUCGACAGAAUCCUUGAAGAGAACAAAUUGCUGGAUGAAGAAGAAAAGAUCCGUUUAAGGGAGGCCACUCAAGAAUAUAAGGCUGAUUUAUUGGCUCAGAUGCUGCACCACCAGCGCAUUCAUGAAGCAGAGCAAGCUGAGAAAGAACACGAGUUCCAGAGAGGUCUAUGGUACCAGGAGCAGUACAAUAAGAAGAUCCAGGACAUCCUCUCAAGGCCAAUAUCUGGAACCACAGCAGUUCAUCCCUUCAGGAGACGAGAGCGCCCCUGCUCCAACUUUGGUGCACAGUUGGCAUAAAUCCAACACAUUCUA